AUGUUCCUGAAGCAGAACAGUGUUCUGCUGGAGAGGGGACCGCUACUGAAAUGGAGGCCUCAACAAACAGCAGGCACUAUUCCUUUCCUUCGCCGAACUCGGAAAUCCCGGAGACUCCACUUCAAGCUGCACUAUGAUAGAGGUGCCCUCAGUGGCCCAUGUCGGAAGACUCAGCAGCACGGAAUCUACUCUGCAGGUGCAUCUCACGUGAAGCCACGAGACAGAGAACAGAUAGAGGGUCUAUUGGUUCGAGGACCAGAAAAUCUUGGGUCAAAGCUUGCUAUAUGGGACUGUGCCCUACCUAUAGAGGGUGUUGGCUGA